AUGAAUUGUAGGUCUCACCGAACUCCCUGUUUGGCUGCAUCUUCUUUUGUAUAUGUUGCUCUCAUCCCAUCUUCCUGCAUCGCCAUCCGUCGUUGCACUCUUCAACGAGUCUCCCCCAUCUCCCGCUCGCCUCUUUCUUCUCCCCGCCCGCCGCAUUUUGCGCUCUUCUCACCGUCUCGAACAGUUUGCGGCAGAGCUGCCGUGCGACGCUUUGCGACAAUGGCGGCGGGGUAUCAGGAGAGCGACGCGGUGCGGGAAGCCCGCGAUCUUGUCGCGGAGCUGUGCCGUCACUUCUACACCCUUGGAUGGGUCUCGGGAACAGGGGGCAGCAUCAGCAUCAAGGCAAAUGAGCCGGGGAAGACCAACCAAGAGCGCACCAUCGUCAUGGCUCCCUCUGGCGUGCAGAAGGAGCGCAUGCUCCCAGAGGACAUGUACGUGAUGGCGCCUGAUGGGACCAUUCUCGUGGAGCCUAAGGUCAAGCCUGCCCCGCACAAGCCGCCCAAGUGCAGCGAGUGCGGCCCGCUCUUUCUCAAGUGCUUUGAGAUGCGCGGCGCGGGGGCGGUGAUCCACAGCCACGGCAUGGAGACUGCCAUGGCCACCAUGCUCGUCCCUGGCGCUAAGGAGUUCCGUAUAUCUCACAUGGAGAUGAUAAAGGGCAUCGUGGGCCAUGGCUAUUACGACGAGCUGGUGGUGCCCAUCAUUGAGAACACCGCGCGGGAAUAUGAGCUCACAGACUCUCUCGCUGCCGCUAUCGCGGCCUAUCCCAAGGCAACGGCAGUGUUGGUGCGAAACCACGGCGUGUACAUCUGGGGGGACAACUGGAUCCAGGCCAAGACACAGGCGGAGUGUUACCACUACCUGUUUGACGCUGCUAUCCGCAUGCACCAGAUGGGGAUCAACCCGUGCGACCCGCUGCACCUGCCAGCUGCUGCUGGUGCCGCUGCUGUUCCUGCUGCAGCUCCUGCUGCUGGUGGCAAAACCUUUCCGAAGUUCAUAGUGCUGGACAUAGAGGGCACCACCACGCCCAUCUCCUUUGUCUCUCAGGUCCUCUUCCCGUAUGCCAAGUCACAUGUGGGGCAGCAUCUACUCGCCACCUUCGACACCCCCGAGACGCAGGCAGACAUCAUGCUGCUGCGCACCCAAAUCGACCAAGACCUCAAGUCUUCUGUUGCUGGUGCUGAGCCCGUGCCGCCCUUUGAAGCUGGGAAAGAAGCCGUGGUGGCAGCACUGGCGAGGAACGUGGCGGCGAUGAUAGCGGCGGACAGGAAGGUGACGGCGCUGAAGCAGCUGCAGGGGCACAUCUGGCGGGGCGGGUACGAGAAGGGCGAAUUGAAGGGGGAGUUUUUCAGCGAUGUGUUGACUGCGCUCACCCAGUGGCACGCUGCUGGGAGCAAGAUCUACAUCUAUUCGAGUGGCAGCAGGGAGGCGCAGCGCCUCAUCUUCGGCUAUUCCAAUGUGGGCGACCUGCGCCGCUUCAUUAGUGGCUUCUUCGAUACCACCACAGGCCACAAGAGGGAGGCGUGCAGCUACUCGGAGAUCGCGCUAUCUCUGGGUGCUGACUCCCCUGCACACAUCACCUUCUGCACCGACAUUCUUGAGGAGGCACAGGCUGCCAAGCAAGCAGGUCUUCAGGCGGUGCUGCUCUCGCGCCCUGGCAAUGGUGCCCUGCCUGCUGAACCUGGCUUCCCUGUGCUCACCUCACUCACCGACCUCUAG